AGAACCUCUCAGGAUGUCUUCCAAUAAUGACCCUGUUACAAUCCCAAUGAUAUCAAGAAAUCGCAGUGACCUUCCUGGAAUGGACCCUAAGAAAUUGACUGGAGAGGCUGUGUUAAGUUUUCAUAACAUCAGCUAUCAAGAAACAGUGUACAGUGGCUUUCCUUUUCGUAAAAAAAUGGGUGUGAUAGAAAGACUAUCAAAUAUCAGUGGGAUCAUGAAACCUGGCCUCAAUGCCAUCAUGGGUCCUCAGAACAGGAGCAGAUCUUUGUUAUUAGAUGUCUUAGCCGCGAGGAAAGAUACACGUGGAUUAUCGGGAGAUAUUUUGAUAAACGGAAAACCUCGACCUGCUAAUUUCAAAUGCACUUCUGGUUAUGUCCCACAAAAUGACAUGGUGAUGGGCACAGUGACUGUGAGAGAGAAUGUCGAGUUCUCAGCAGCUCUUCGACUUCCAAUGUCUAUAACAAGAGAUGAGAAAAGAAAACGAAUUAAUGAGGUCCUUGAACUUCUGCAUCUGGAUGAGGAGUCAAAUGUCAAGCCUAGCUCUAAGGAGCUCAGGAAGAGGACCAGUAUAGCAAUGGAGCUGGUCACCGAGCAUCCCAUUUUGUUCCUGGAUGACCCCACCACUGACUUAGACAUGACAACUACUGCUGAUGUCAUCUCCGUCCUGAAAAGGAUGUCUAUGAGGGGAAGGACCAUCAUCUUCUCCAUUAACCAUCCCCCAUACUCCAUCUUCAGAUGUUUUGAUAGCCUCACCUUAGUGGCCUCAGGAAAACUCAUGUUUCACGGCCCUGCACAGGAGGCUUUGGAAUACUUCACAUCUGCAGGCUACAACUAUGAUUCCCACAACAACCCUGCAGACUUCUUCCUGAACAUCAUUAAUGGAGGUUCCUCUACUAUAUUAGACACAGAGGAAGACAACCAUGAAGCUGACAAAUAUAAAGAAUUUUCUGAGAGACGGCACCAAGUCACAGAAAACUUAGCCAAUAUGUAUGCCCAGUCCUCCUUAUACAGAGAAAUGAGAACAGAACUGGAUCCACUCUUGGGGGAACAGAAUGCUGGGAAGAGCUCAGCCUUAGAUGAGAUCACAUGUGUCACCCCUUUCUGGCAUCAGCUCUGGUGGAUUAUCUGUCGUUCAUUCAAAACUUUCCAGGGUUUUUCAUGGAUCACUGCGAUUAAGGCAAUUAUUGGAGUCUUAGUGGCCAUGUCUGUAGGUUCCACUUACCAUUUCCUACAAGGUGAUUGUACUGAAGUCCAGAGGAGAUCUGUCCUGCUAUACAUGAUCACAAGCUAUGAAUGUUUGACAAGCUUGUCUGCCAAGGAGCUCUUCAUGAUCGACAGGGGUCAAUUUCUACAUGAGCAUACCAGUGGAUACUACAGAGUGUCAUCAUAUUUCUUUGGGAAAUUGCUGAUUGAGCUGGUACCCAGGAGGUUAUGGCAAAGUAUUGCAUUUACUGUUAUAGUAUUCAUCACAGCAGGAGUAAAAACAGAUGUGAAUGGGUUCUGCACUACAAUAUUUACUGUCAUGACGUUGGCUUAUUCUGCCAGUUCCGUGGCCCUGUCUUUAGGGGCAGGAGAGACUGCAGCAGCUGUAACAACACAACUCUUAAUCAACUAUUAUAUGUUCAUGUUGUUUGCUUCAGCUUUAUCACUAUAUCACAUAAACUUCAUGUAUGACCUGUCAUGGAUUCAGUACUUUAGCAUUUCUCAUUAUGGAUUCUCAGCUUUGCAGCACAAUGAAUUCUUGGGACAAAACUUCUGUCCAGAACACAAAACAGCAGAAAUCAGUAGAUGUCAGGGCUAUGUAAUAUGUACUACAGAAGAAUACUUGGCAAACCAAGGUAUUGAUAUCUCAACAUGGGGCUUCUGGAAGAAUCACGUGGCCUUAGCCUGUAUAAUGAUCCUCCUCUUAUCAAUUACCUAUGUGCAGUUGUUACCUCUUAAGAAAAAGAGAUGUUUUUAAACCAUUGUUCCACUUUCUUUGAA